AAUAAAAGAGGAGAAAAUAUCAACAUUCACAAAAAUCCCAUUUCAUCCCAAAGCCCAAUCCUCCGAAGGUUUAAGGGUGGUUUUCCAGCUCUCUCUCUCUCUCUCUCUCUCUCUCUCUCUCUCUAAUCCAAACCUCUGGCUUCCACAACCACCUUCCUUCCAACUCCCAACCAAUGGAAAAGAAGAAGAAGAAGAACACUGCCACCAUCCAGUCCAUCUCCAUUUCAGCAGAAACCAAUCCACCACCGUCGAAUUCGCAGAUGGGCGCCCUCCAAUUCAAUCCAGUCCUCUCCCUCUCCCUUCGGUUUCGACCCCCACCAGCCCACCCGUGCAUUCCCGACGCCGUUUUCCCAGUUGUGUUCCCUCCAAUUUCCACUCCUAUCGGACCCAGCUCAAGAACCUCGCAUCGGGACCCAUGAAGACCUGUCGGAUAUGGCGUCCUGGAUCCCUGGGCGUGUUUUCGGCGAAGACCAAUCUUGGAUUUCUAGCAUUUUUCCGAUCAGUACUGACGCCCAGAAGCCGUUCGAAGAUUUGGGUCUGAAAAAGAUUGAGAGAAGCAAGUACAACAGGCUGCGGAAGCGGCAGGUGAAGCUGGAGACAGAGGCGUGGGAGAAGGCGGCCGAGGAGUACAGAGAAUUGGAGAGGGAGAUGUGCGAGAAGAAGCUAGCGCCGAACUUGCCAUACGUGAAGUCUCUGUUCUUGGGCUGGUUUGAGCCAUUCAGAGAUGCGAUCGUGGAAGAGCAGAGACUGCAGGAAGUGAAGAAACAGAAGGCUGCUUAUGCACCUUAUAUUGGGCUGUUGCCAGCGGAUAAGAUGGCGGUGAUAGUCAUGCAUAAGAUGAUGGGGUUGUUGAUGACUGGGCAGGAUGAUGGGUGUGUCCGGGUUGUGCAGGCUGCUAUCCACAUCGGCGAGGCCAUCCAGCAGGAGGUUAGAAUUCAUAUUUUUCUGGAGAGAACCAAGAAAUCUGGAAGAGGGAAAACAGUUGAAGGGGGUGAAUGUGAAGCUUCAUCUAGAGAUGAGGAUAUCCUUCGGAAACGUGUCCAAAAUCUAAUGAAAAAGCAAAAACGGAAGGAGUUGCAGAAGCUGCUGAAAAAAAAGGAUGACAUGGAGUCUUGGGGUCGGGAUGCCCAUGCUAAGUUGGGAAGUCGUCUUAUAGAAUUGUUAACGGAAUCAGCAUGUGUACUACGUCAACCUGACCAGUUGGGCGAUGGCCCACCUGAAAUUCGACCUGCAUUUAGGCACACGCUCAAAACUAUCAUAAAGGAAGCAGGGAGGAGAUGCGGAAAGAGGUGUGGGGUUAUAGAGUGUGACCCACUGGUCCUUAAAGGGCUCGAUAGAACUGCUAGACAUAUGGUGAUUCCUUACAUGCCGAUGUUGAUACCGCCAAAAAAAUGGAAAGGUUAUCAUGAUGGUGGGCACUUAUUCAUGCCUUCUUAUGUCAUGCGUACUCAUGGAGCGAAGCAGCAGCAGGAAGCCAUUAAGCGUGUUCCCAGGAAACAGCUACAGGAUGUGUUUGAGGCCCUAGAUACACUUGGCAGAACCAAAUGGAGGGUGAAUAGAAGAGUACUUGAUGUGAUAGACAGUCUUUGGGCUAAAGGAGGCUGUGUUGCAGGCCUGGUUGAUUGCAAAGAUAUUCUGCUACCAGAGAAACCAGACUCAGAGGAUGCAACGGAAAUCCAAAAGUGGAGGUGGAGUGUCAGAAAAGCAAAAAAGUGCAAUGCUGAGAGGCAUGCUCAGCAAUGUGAUAUAGAGCUCAAACUUUCUGUAGCAAGAAAAAUGCAAGACGAGGAAGGAUUUUACUAUCCCCAUAAUCUAGAUUUCCGUGGCCGUGCCUAUCCCAUGCACCCUCACUUAAAUCAUCUAAGUUCCGAUCUUUGUCGAGGAGUUCUAGAAUUCGCCGAAGGACGACCACUAGGAAAAUCUGGGUUACGUUGGUUGAAGAUACAUUUAGCCAACCUGUAUGCUGGGGGUGUUGAAAAGCUAUCAUAUGAUGGGCGUUUAAUGUUCGUGGAGAAUCAUUUGCGCGAUAUAUGCGAUUCUGCUGAGCGACCUGUUGAUGGAGAACGCUGGUGGUUAAAUGCUGAAGAUCCUUUCCAGUGUUUGGCAGCUUGCAUGAAUCUUUCUGAAGCCUUGAAGAGCUCAUCACCACAUUAUGUAAUCUCUCACCUGCCCGUUCAUCAGGAUGGUUCAUGCAAUGGCUUGCAACACUAUGCAGCACUGGGAAGAAACAGCUUGGAGGCAGCUGCUGUCAAUUUAGUUGCCGGAGAAAAGCCUGCAGAUGUUUAUUCAGGAAUAGCUGCUAGGGUUCGUGAUAUAAUGGAAAGGGAUUCGAUGAAAGAUCCUGCAACUGAACCAACAGCUUUACUAGCCAAAAUUCUAGUUGAUCAGGUGGACCGGAAAUUGGUGAAACAGACAGUAAUGACAUCUGUGUAUGGUGUUACCUAUGUUGGUGCUCGUGAGCAGAUUAAAAGAAGAUUGGAGGAGAAGGGCAACAUUACUGAUGAUAGAUUGCUGUUUAGAGCAUCUUGCUAUGCUGCUAAAGUAACAUUGACUGCCUUAGGGGAGAUGUUCCAGGCUGCACGUGGUAUUAUGAAAUGGCUUGGUGAUUGUGCAAAGGUGAUUGCUUCAGAAAAUCAACCUGUGAGAUGGACGACUCCUCUUGGGCUCCCAGUUGUGCAGCCUUACAGGAAGUCUGAAAGACAUCUUAUAAGAACAUCCCUUCAAGUUUUGGCUUUACAGCGGGAGGGUAGUUUGGUUGAUGUUAAACGGCAAAGGACGGCAUUCCCUCCUAAUUUCGUACACUCCCUUGAUGGUUCACACAUGAUGAUGACAGCUAUCGCCUGUGGGGAUGCCGGUUUGCAUUUUGCAGGGGUGCAUGACUCCUACUGGACCCACGCAUGCGAUGUCGACAAGAUGAACGUCAUCCUAAGACAAAAGUUCGUUGAGCUCUACAACAUGCCAAUACUAGAGAACUUGCUCGAGAGCUUUCAAACAUCCUUUCCGACUUUGAGUUUUCCUCCCCUCCCAAACCGAGGCAAUUUUGACCUGGAAGAAGUUCUUGAAUCUCCCUAUUUUUUCAAUUGAUCUUGCAAUUUCUGAGCAGUCUUCAGGUCCAUGCCCUACCUGCUACUGCCCUCCAUUUAAAGCAUGCAGAAGCCUAAAUUUGCUGACACCGGUGUCACGGAUUGUAAAUAUUACUCCAGAAGGAAAGGAUGGAUGUGGAAUUACAGAGAAAGUUUCAACAAAGCGAGUGCCAAAGGAAAUCCUGAGGAAAGAGUCCGUGACAAAUGUUGGCAAGAGCAGAGGAUGUUGACAGAUGUUAAUAGCAUCCUACUUUCUGCUCACAAGUUCUCUUGGUGGCAUAUGGAAGAUGUGAUUAAAAUCUAUUCCUCUCAUUUGGUGGACUCCCGAUCAUGGGCUUCGGCCAGAAAAUUAGGCAAAUGGCAAUCCCAUCACUUGAUUGGAGCACAGCCAAAACCAAGCAGCUGUUGAUUUUUUCAUCGCAGUAGUGAUUAAGAUUGUCUGACCAACCUGAUUUUUGGGUCAUGGUCUGAAUAUGGUGGGACCCACUUGGUAAACAUCUUCCAUGUGCCCCAUGUGUGCCCAUAUACAAUUAGCAUUCCUCCGGGAAGUUUAAUACCAGCACACGUCCUUAAUGACGUGUCACAACUCACAAUAUGCAAGCAUCAUAUACAAGAACAUACAAAAUGCAGUCUAAAUAAGAAAACUCAGUUCUCAAUUUUGGACGGCCGAAGCCUGUUGCCUAGUUGAAGAUCAAAAUAGCAAGUUGAUGUUGAUUUCUCUAACAUGGCAGCAGAAGGAAGGCUUGGGUUUUGAGGUUAUAAUAGCCUCAAUUAUUUUUUCUAGUCUUGUAUAGGAUUCCAACCAGCUGUUGUUGUUGGGAUUUUGGGCAGAUUUCUCAUUCUUUCGUAAGUGAUGGAAGUAGAAUUGUUUGUAACAUUGCAAUGUUAUUUUGCAUAUUUUAGCAUUUGUAUUGCCUAUAAAUUUUCAUUGAUGGACAG